AUGAAGCUGUCAAGAUUUCCCCUUAUUCUCAGUGUUAUUAGUCUCACCAAAGCCUCUCCUGUGAGUAUAUACAAGAGAGCCAAUUCGUCAAUCUCAGCAAUCCAACUUAGCUCGGACGAGACGUUUAACUACGAACUGCUGCGCGAUCUAUCCAUUGCACCGUAUGAAGGUGCUGAUGUCAAUGAAGUUUUGAUUGCUGCGAAUGAAAUAAAGCCUAGAGACUUUGAAAGUUACCAUGCUGCUUUCAACAAGCUUGCUACCCGCGUUCACCAGCAGGCCAAAGCUAUAAACGCUAUCGAUCAUCCCAUAUCUGCGCGCAACACCUUCUUCAAGGCAGCAACUUAUUACCGAUCCGCAGACUUCUUCUUGCGAGGCAACUGGACCGAUCCACGGGUUUAUUCCCUCUGGGAUCAACAUCUCGCAGCAUUCAAUGCAGCAAUAUCGUUGCUUCCCGUUCCCGGGCAGAGAGUUACCUUGCAUGCCAAAGGCGAAGACUCUAAUUCCAACUUCACAAUUCCUAUAAUAUUUUUCGGGUGUGGCAUGCCGGGUCCCCGGCCAACAAUCAUCAUGGGAAACGGCUAUGACGGUUCGCAAGAGGAGAUGUACCAUGUGUUGGGCAAAGCCGCCCUAGAGCGAGGAAUCAACGUUAUCACCUAUGAGGGGCCAGGCCAACCGACAGUGCGCCGAGAACAGAAACUCGGUUUUAUCCCGCAGUGGGAGAAAGUUGUGACGCCCGUAGUUGAUUAUGCCCUCACCCGUCCUGAAGUCCGCGCAAAUUCCAUUGGUCUCAUGGGCUAUUCAUUUGGCGGUUUUCUGGCACCGCGUGCUGCAGCACUUGAGCACCGUAUCGCAGCUGUACUCGCCCUGGACGGAAUCUACGACUUUGGCCAGUCAAUGCUAGAGCCCUUUCCUCCAGAGCUAAGGGAAGUCUUUAAAUCUGGCAACAAAAAGCUCUUCGACUCUAUUUUGGAAAAAAUUACGGCAGACCCCUCGACCCCAUCGUUUACUCGCUGGGGUGUUCAGCAAGGCUUAUGGUCAUUCAAUACUGAAUCCCCGUUUGAAUGGCUUUCAAAAACUCAAGCGUACAAUAUGGACGGCUUUAUACAGAACAUCACAGUGCCCGUGUUUGUGGGAAGUGCACAAAAUGAUCAAUUCUUCCCUCGCCAGGCAAAAGCAUUGGCUGACAAGAUUGGCGACAAGCUUGCUACCUAUCAUGAAUUCGGCACCGCCGAUGGCGCAGGAGAGCACUGCUCCGUUGGUGCAAAUGUGUUGGCGAAUCAGGUUGCGUUGGAUUGGUUCGAGGACGUUUUACAACAUUAG